CCCCCCCCCCCCUCUCUCUCUCUCUCUCUAAACUUUUGUAGAAGAAGGAAUAUUGAUCAAAAAAGGGUCAAGAUCGAGAUUAAGAUCAAGAUUUGGAAUCAAGAAAAUCCAUUAAUCCUUUUUUGUCCAUGGUGGACGUCGACCGGAGGAUGACCGGCCUGAACCCGGCCCACAUGGCCGGCCUCCGCCGGCUCUCGGCCCGCGCCGCCGCAUCCGCUCCUUCAACGCCGCUGCCGCCGCGCAACAGCCAGUUCUCCUUCACUACCCUGGCGGAGAAGGUCAUUUCCCACCUGAAAACCUCCGGCGUCCAGGUCCAACCCGGCCUGACCGAACCGGAAUUCGCCCUGGCCGAAGCCGAGUUCGGAUUCGUCUUCCCGCCGGACUUGAGAGCCGUUCUUUCUGCCGGCUUGCCUCUCGGCGCCGGCUUCCCCGACUGGCGCUCCUCCGGCUCGGCUCGGCUCCACCUCCGCGCCUCCAUUGACCUCCCCGUCGCCGCUAUUUCUUUCCACAUAGCUCGGAACGCCGUCUGGUCCAAGCCGUGGGGCCCCAGACCCGACGACCCGGAAUCCGCGGUCAAAAUUGCCCGAACCGCUUUGAAACGGGCCCCGCUUUUGAUACCCGUUUUCAACCAUUGUUAUCUCCCCUGCAACCCUUGCCUCGCCGGAAAUCCGAUUUUCUACGUCGACGAGAAUCGGAUUUUCUGCUGCGGAUUCGAUUUAUCGGACUUUUUCGAUCGCGAAUCGACUCUUUUCCGGCGAGGCUCCGACCCGAAUCUCCUCUCCAAGCACCUCCCGAAGUCGAGCUCAUCGUCGGUCGAUUUCUCGCGGAGGAGCUUGGACGCCGGCGGCCGGCAGCCGCGGUGGGUCGAAUUCUGGAGCGACGCUGCCGUGGAUCGCCGCCGCCGGAAUUCGAAUUCAUCCUCUUCGUCCUCAUCUUCUCCGGACAGGUUCAUCGACAUGCCUAGAUCCGGAAUGCCGAAAUGGAUCGACGACUACGUAGGGCGGUUAGCCUUGGUUCUGCGCGACGGCGGCUGGCCGGAAUCCGACGUGUCCGACAUCGUCGACGUGUCGGCGGCGGGAUUCUUCGAGUGCGAAAUGGUGCUCGUCGACAACCAGGCGGUGCUGGAUGCUCUGCUCCUUAAAGCGGAUCGGUUCUCCGACACGCUCCGGAAAGCCGGGUGGAGCUCCGAGGAGGUUUCCGACGCCUUCGGAUUCGACUUCCGGCAGGAUAAGGAUCGGAAACCGGCGAAGAAGCUGCCGCCCGAGGUAGCAGAGCGGUUCGAGAAACUCGCCGAGUCGUUGAACCGGUCGGCGGCGUAGAUUCGAACCGGCCCGGCCGGCAAACAUCGAGAUUCUUCCGCGCGUUUUCCCGUCUUUCGAAGUCUCGGGUUUGCGCUUUUGCCUGAUUCCAAGUACAAACUUUGUUUUAGGAAAUCGUAAAAGAAACACGACUUUGAUGUUGUCUUUUUUUAAAAAAUUGAUUCGGCCCUAUACUUGUAAUGAAAUUUUUUAAGACAAUAUUAAACUAUUUUU